CAAGAUAUUUGACAAGAAAUAUUUUUUUAAAUUUACUACCGUUUCCAUAUUAUUUCCAGUUUUUUUGGUUCCUCUUUAGUCUUUCUGGUCUUUUCUCAUCUUUUGGAUUCUGAUUCGUAACCAUUCUAACUGAUGGAUCAUUUGAACGAGCACAUCACAUUGUUUGUUCUGAAGAACCUGGAAAAAUUGACGGAAGAAGAGCGGGAGACAAUUCGGACUGUGGCGGAGCGGGAUGAAACACUGCGUCGUGAGCAUGACGAGCGCCUCGGCACCUUGAAGAAUGAAAUCCAGACACUGCAGCGCGCGCGGGAUGCUCGCGUAGACUUCUCAUUGGCCAAGGAUUCCUGUGUGCUGUGCAUGACGGUCUUUGGGCGUCUGCUCAGUACGGGCGCCAACUGUCCAUCGUGCCAUCGGCGCGUCUGCAAGGCGUGCCGCAAUCAAUCUGUUCACGGGAAGAAAUGGAUGUGUACGCUGUGUGAUAAAGAAUGGGAACUCCGCAACGCUGUUGGGGAGUCCAUGCCCUGGAAGGACAAUAUCCCGCGCAUAUCCACAACCGCCUUUGUGCUGCGUUCGCUCUUGGGGCUGAAGCGGAGUUUGCAGCUGAGUUUGAAGCAGCGGGCCAUUGACGACGGACGGAAAUUACCAAGCACGCCGGGUAAUAUGGAUAACCAUAUUCCUCAUUUCCACGGCAGGGCCAGGAAUUCCGAAGAACGCUUCAUCGCCGCUCACAUUCCGUCCAUGAAUAUUAUCUGCAGUCCGAAAUUCCGGCAGAGUCUUCACGGACCGCUUCGUCCACUUCCCGCAGCUAAGCCAAAAUCAGCUGACAAACUUCACCGACCGACGUUAGCCGACAAGAUCACAAAGUCUCUGCAUGAAGCAGCCACUUUGAUGCACAUUCAUAGUGAGGCCAUCUUUUCGCACACGCCCCCGAAAUCCCUGCACACACCCCGCCGCACUCAUUCCAGUCCCGAAGUUGCUGCUGUUGAUGCGCGCGACGCCGGCCGAGACCCGUUAGUGCGGGGGAAAUUGCAGACCCCACCGACGGACGGCAAUGAGGAAAGCCUUGCUGCUGGAAAGGGUUUUCUGCUUUCAUCGGGGAAUGCUGCGCCGCUCAAUCAGAAUGUGGGGCUGGUGGCCUCUACGCCGCGAUUUAUCUGCGGAAGCGAUCCGGAAAUGAGUAAGCAACUGGGAGCUCCGAAACUGGAUGGUAUUUCGAUAUCGACUGUCGGCAGUGGUAGUGCCAUGGAAGAGCAACAGGUUCACAUUGCGCGGGAAACAUUUGGUGAUAUUAAACUGCAAGUGACGUUUGAAGAACGGAUCAAAUCAUUGACCGUGACGGUUCUGGCAUGCCGCAAUCUGUUAUCCCUCAGCAAAACCAAGCCGAAAUUCCCUAAUCCUUACGUUAAACUGUACCUGUACGAACCACACUGUGAGCGGCUGAAGCGCAAAACGGAAACAGUGAAGAAAUCGCGCAACCCCACCUUUGCGGAGACUGUAUCUUUUCCGGCAGUCGACAUUAACACGGCUCAUGGCUGGCUGCAUGUGGCGGUGUGCAGUAAACACGGAUUCUUUCGCCGGACCAAAGUUCUCGGAGAGACUACAUUGCUUAUCACACCGGAACUGCUGCAGCGCCGUCGCGCGAUGUGGUAUCCGCUGAAUUGUAGCUACGUAAAGUGCUCGGGUUUGACGGAAUAAACAAGUUUGAGUCAUUCUCUGGUUUUCGAAUUUUGAACUGGAAGGUUGGGGAAUGUUUUUAAUUUUCUGUGGAGGUAAUUUUAUUUGUUUUAUCCAACUGUUCGGCCACGGAUACCUGUGUCGCUUUUUGCGGUUUUUAUGGGAUAUGGAAUUUUUGCGUUUAUAAAUUUGACCGCAGUUUUUUGUAAUAUUUUACGGUGGUUGCAAGUGCAGCUUCUGUGUUUUUUCAAAGAGAUCAGUGCACGCAACGAAUAAAG